AUUACUCUGUCCCCUCUCUCUCUCUCUCUCUCUCUCUCUCUCUCUGGGGCUUUCAGUUAAAGCUCGCUCUCACCACUCAGCUCAUCGAAGAACCCCUAUAUCCAUCCGCCGCCGUUAUCAUUUCUCUCUCUCUACACUCUCUCUCUCUAAAACUCAGAUCCAAUUCUCCAAACGAUGUUCUGAAGACCAUGAUUUCGGUAAGAAUCUUAGCUCAAUCCAAGAAAUGUUCGAUCUGUUUAUGGUAACCCACUUUCGAUCUCAAAUCUGUUUGCGCAAAAGAAAAAAAUAAUUAAACCAAAUCCACACAUACAUAUACAUAUAUACUCCAUAAAGAUAGAACUGUUGUAUGAUCUUGGAAUUUUAGAAUUAGGGUUUGUUGUCUGUUUUCUUGAUUUUGUAUAGUUAGGGUUUUAGAUGUUAAGGACUUUCGAAUACUAUUUCUAGUUUAGGAAUUAAAAGUUAGAGAAUUUGAAAAGUGGCAAAGAUGAGUUUGAGGGCAGCGGAGGAUGAUUCGGCGUCGGAAAUUCAUCUUCCGGCCGAGAUUGAUUGGGAGAUGCUCGACAAAUCCAAGUUCUUCUUCCUCGGCGCAGCCCUGUUUUCCGGCGUCUCGGCCACUCUGUACCCGAUCGUGGUUCUGAAGACGCGGCAACAGGUGGCGCUGAGCAGAAUUUCGUGCUUCAAUGCCGCCUUUUCGAUACUCCGGUACGAAGGGUUGAGAGGGUUUUACAAGGGAUUUGGGACUUCACUGAUGGGUACAAUCCCAGCUCGAGCUCUUUACAUGGCGGCGCUCGAGGUUACGAAGAGCAAUGUCGGAACUGCCUCUGUGAAACUAGGGUUUUCAGAGGCAACUGCAGCCACUGUGGCGAAUGCUGCCGCGGGUUUAAGUGCUGCCAUGGCAGCACAGUUGGUGUGGACACCCAUUGAUGUAGUGAGCCAGAGGCUUAUGGUUCAAGGUGGCCCCAAUUCCAUCACUUCCUCUGUUAGCACCUAUAGAUACAAUGGUGGAAUCGAUGCGUUUCAAAAGAUUAUCUAUACAGAUGGAUUGAGAGGGCUAUACAGGGGAUUUGGGAUAUCCAUAUUGACAUAUGCCCCUUCAAAUGCAGUGUGGUGGGCAUCUUAUUCAAUGGCCCAUAGAUUCAUUUGGGGUGGGGUUGGUUACCAUUGUUGUAGGAAAGAUGAGAGUGUUGGUGGAGGGAGUGGUGGUUUUAGGCCGGAUGCGAAGGUGGUGCUGGCGGUGCAGGGGUUGAGCGCCGCCAUGGCAAGUGGGUUUUCUGCGUUGGUUACAAUGCCACUAGAUACAGUCAAGACUAGAUUGCAAGUUCUGGAUGUAGAAGGGAGUGGGCGUAGGCCGCCAACGAUUGUUCAAACCGUGAGGAAUUUGGUGAAGGAAGGUGGAUUGGGUGCUUGUUACCGAGGCUUGGGUCCAAGGUGGGCUUCAAUGUCCAUGUCUGCAACCACCAUGAUCACCACCUACGAGUUUCUCAAACGGCUAUCUACUAAGAAUCAAGAGAGCUUCACUUGAUGAGCAUGAGCAUUGGGCAGAGGAGGAGAAGCAAAAGGAAGGAAGAAAUGUUUUGUUUCUUGUCACCCUUUUCAAUUUUCUUAACCUAUCUACCGUUGGUGUAACUUGCCACUCUCAUGGGCAUACUAAUGUAUAUUUUUGUAUAAAUAUGUAGCAUGUUUCCUUUUGUUUCAAGUCUCUAAUAAUAAUGUCUUUUAUGUCUCA